UUGUUUAGUUCCUAGCUCAGUUUACUUUAUCUAACCUCUUAUAUCAAAAGUGCACAAUAGUAUGGAUGAAAUUAUGUGUCUUAGUGACGUUUAUCGAAAGAUGAUAUCAUCACUAAUUUAAUGAUAUUGUGGGGAAAACCCAGAUAUUCCAAAUCAUCAUAAAGAUGCAAAUUCACUCCUUGUUUCUGUUGCCUUAACGAUUAAAAUGUGUGUUUAAGUCCCUCUGCAUCAGUUUAUUGAUGAUACUGAGGUAAAGCACUAACUAUACUGAUGCGUAUUACGCAAUUUGUGGUUGCAAAUGAUUUGAUCUGAUUCAAGGACAGCCCCCCCUGACAAACGGAAUCUCAAGAUGGCUGAAGCUGCAGGGAAUCACUGGGAAUGCAUCUUUGUGGGGAGGGAGGAUGAACUUCAUGAGCUGAUCACUGCAUGGAAUGACGGAAAGCUGAUAUUUGGAAUCUUUGGGAAUAAAUCUAUUGGGAAAACGCGCUUGGUUAAUGAACUACUGCGCAGAUUAGGACUAUCUGAUGAGAACGUCUACCGGUUAGAUUAUAGUGGAGUCAAUACACUUAAUGGAAUGAUGGAGGAAACGAAAAGGGGACUGCAUAUUAUGGAAGAUUUGCAGGAAAGAACUUGGACAAAACGAAUUGCUGUUGAGCUCAAGAAGAGAGUUGAAAGGGAUCCUCAUAAAGAUUUAGUUGUCUUCAUAAAGCACUACGGGGAUGUUGAUGAAAUAACUGAAUUGAAAAAUGAGUUUGUCAAAUUAUGCGACAUAGUGAAAGUCAAUAACAAAAGAAUCCGAGUUGUCUUAACAUCAACGCCGAAAAUACGCUUUGCUCAACUACAAACACUGUACAAAUCAUUGAAUUUGUGGAAGAAACUGUCGGACGAUGAGUCAAAGAUGCUUUUGAGGAGCUUGCUACGGGAUAGCCAGGUGGAAUUGGGGAAAUAUGAAGAGACGAUCAUUCGCCUCUGUGAAGGGUUACCACAUUCUCUUAUGAUUGUUGCGAACGACCUGAAAGAAGAGGACGGUAUGGUGGAGCCAGAGCAUAUCGCGUUACUGCUUCAGUUAGAAAGGCUUAAUAGUCUGAGUCCGGAGCAUUAUGCAAAGGACGAACAAAUGCGGCACGUUAUUGGAGAUGUCAUCUCGAAGUUAUCUGGUGGACUGGGACAGUCCUUGGCAGAACUCAAUCUACUCCCUGAAUCAUUUGACAAAACAUCUGGAAAAACAAUGCUGGGUGCACCGAACACUGCCAUGCUAAUGCACCAGUAUAUAUUGUCACUGACCAGGCGAUGCAUAUUGAACUACGAUUCUAAGACUGGGCGCUUUUACGCUACUGGAAUGCAGAGGGAGUCAGUCUCUUGUCAGUUACCCAUAAGUGAAGAGAGCAGUGCAGAUGUCCACGCAAGAUUAGAACAGCUUUACCAAGAGCGACUUCAGAAGUUUUUGGUGUUGCCUGAUGUCGUACAAACAAGCUUGAGACGCCAUGCCCAUAUGGCUUUGCACAGCUCAGAUGUAUUUCCCACCUUUGUUGAAACAGCAACCGAGACCAAUCAUUACUGUCGAGUACAUCUCUCCAAUGAUUGCGUAGAUAUAUCUGAGGUGAUGUUGGCUCAGUGUGUGCGACCAGAAGGUGCAAUUGAUGAGGGGAUCCCACUCUCUCUGCUGGCCAAAGUUAUCAUUGAACAGACAGGAGACGAUAUCGAAAGCCUUCAAGCGCUUGAACACAAGGUGGAAACUUUGUCAACUGAAGAUAGCGGUACUGGUCGUUGUAGAGAAUUGGCUGAGCUCUACCAAGCUAUUGGCAACCGUUACGUUUUCCGUGGCAACAAAGACAAAGCACUUGUUUAUCUCAAGAAGUCCCAUGACCUGCUGGUAAAACAUGGUUUCACAGAAGACUUCCUGUUUGCCAGAAGCUUGAAUUUUAUGGGAUUCACAAGUGCCCUUUGUGGUGAUUGGCUGGAAGCUUUGACAUACAUGCUACAGAGCGUCCAGCUGAGGGUCAAUAUGCUUGGAGAGAGACACAUUGCUGUUGCGAUUCAGUGCCAUAACAUUGAACUCCUGUUUCGCAAAAUGAAGGAGAGCAACAGUGACUACAUUCCCUUCAAGCUUGAGAAAGACUGCACUAGUGUUCCAAGUAAGAUCUAUGCCAUGUGUUUGUAUGGUUUUGCCGAACUGUUUCUUAGGGUGAAUCAGCCCGAGAAAGCACUCGAUGUAGCCGCAAAAGGUAUCGGCAUCUGCACCAAGAAUGGUAAAAAGGACAAAGAGUUGAUGGGAAUGUUUCAUGAUGUCAUGGCCAAUUCUUAUAUCCGUGUAAAUAAGUUUCUUGAAGCUGAGUCAUAUUUGAACGCCAUACUGCGCCAGCAGUGUGUUGCUACACCUUGGCUGAUACGAGUUCUGAAUCGGCGUGGCUUUGUACUCAGACAGUUGGGGAGGCUUCAAGAUGCAGCGCAGUGUCUUGUUGAGGCCUUCAAGCACAAGUCUGUCAUAGAUGACCCCAUGUCUAGGCUAUACUUAGAGACAUGCCAAGAGCUUGCUCUUGUAUACAUUAGCCUUAAUGAGCUCACACAAACAGUUCGUUUUGACAGGCUUGCUGUUAAUGAGCUGCACAGGCUAGGGGACGAGCAUUUCAGAGUCGGUGAUAUGAGGCAGCUGCAGUGUAUUGCCGAUGAGAUUAACCAAAUUAUCAACAAUGCACUGCAAAGGGGCCUUGAAGUGCCUUUUCCCCAGUGUUGUCAAGACCAGCAUCGCGUUUGCUUCCUCAGAGCUUCUAACAAUGGUGGUAUGGUUUACGCAGAACAUGAUGCUGAUGAAUUAGAGAGGCAAAUCAUUAGGGAAAUGGCAAAUGAACAGAACUGUCCACCUGAAAACUUUGCUUCAGAGACAAAGCCUUGUUCAAGUGGGAUCACUCAAGGUCAUUCAAAUGAAUUCAGUCCAAGUUCAGAAAGAAACCCUCGUCAUUUCGAGAGGCAAGAAAGAUACGAGUCAGAUUUCUCGCCUUCUAGAAGUCUGAGUGGUAGCAGGAGUUCAAAUGGUUUCCCCCAGCCUGUUGUCAGGGGACAACACUGUCGCUCGGUUCCUGACAGUAGUUUGCCUCAAGAAUGCCAGGCAACAUCUCACACUGGUCGUCAAGGUAGUGUUGACCUUGGCAAUCACAAUAAUACCCCUCACACCCAGGUCACACACCAGUCAAAUGAUGCCGAGAGGAGGCGGGGGACUUCCAUGAGAGGCCAAAGUGGUUUCAAUGAUCAGACUUACAAGUGGUGCCCAUCAACCAAUGAAAACAGAUCUGAUUCUUCUCAAAAUCGAAAGAUCUCGUCUUUAUCUUAUCCAACAUCACAUGGUACUACAGCUAAUGAAUCUGAGACUCUGUCUCCAGUUGAGAGUAGUUGGCCCUCGGAUUCUCAAAAUCAUUCCUCAGAUUCAUCCACGCAUUCUUCGGUUAGUUCGGACCUUGGUCAGUUUGUUCCUAAUGGACGUCUUGCUCAGAGUGAGCCUCAUGGGAUCCCAAGCAGUCAAAUGGGAUUUGGAUCCAUUGCAAAUUCUGUGGGAACAUCCGUGUUCAACCUUGGUCAGUUUGUUCCUGAUGGACGUCUUGCUCAGAGUGAGCCUCAUGGGAUCCCAAGCAGUCGAAUGGGAUUUGGAUCCAUUGCGAAUUCUGCGGGAACAUCCCAGUUCAACCUUGGUCAAACACAGGCGGAUCCUUCAUCUAGUCCUUUCCCUUGCCUCACUUCAGAUGUAGAUACAUGUAGGUCAUUCAGCCAACGAAGUUGCGGCCAGAAUCUACAGUACGUAUCUUCGAUAGCUUCACAAACCUUGCCCAAAGAACCAGUGUCUACAGAAGUUGCAGGUUUUCUCUGCGACAGGGUAAAUUCAGACUUGCAGAAUCGUCCAACUCCUGAUCGGUGUUUUCAUGCAAUUCAGUCCCAAACUGGACAAGGUUUUCAACAACAAAUGCAAGCCUCAAACCACAUGCAGUCUCCUUCCAAUAACAUCCAGUCUAGUCCACAACAGGACAGUAGGUUUCGCCCCCAAGGUUCCUCUUCCUCUUCCUCUUCCCAUUCUUGCAAUUCGCCGAUAUCAGCAUCACAAUCGGGAAAGUACUUCAUUGACCCUCCUUAUCCCCAUGAGCAAAAUCCCCAAAGACAGAUGCUACAUGGUGAAGAUAACCAGUCUUUGUAUCAAAAUGGCCUCAGCAAUCACCAAAUUAAUCAUGGAGGGCAGCAACGAACUAGUGGCAAUUCACCGUCACAGCCAUUGCUUUACUAUCCACCUGAUACAUCAUGGCACCCAACGCCCUCCCAAAUGGGAGCCAGUUCUUUGGGAUCCUACCAACAAAGUUUGAACUCUGCAAACACCCAAGAGGGAUAUGCGGGGCAAUUUCUCGGUGAAUAUUCUGGACAGUUUAAUCAGUUGGCCCUACCUCCAUCUGACACUUCCAACCCAUCAGUUAAUUCUAGCUCUGGACCUCGGGAAAUGCUUUAUGCUGCCACACCAGUAGAAUCGCAGUUACAUCUGUCACCCCCUCCGAAUGAAAGCCAGGAUGUGCCAUUCUCUUCUUCUGCCUCCGUGUCUCGUAAGUGGAGUAUCACAGGUGUUGCAGAAGCUUUUGCAGGGUUUUUCAGUUCCAGUCUGCCCUCAAGAGUUGAACACAUUUAGAUGAAGAAAUUUAGAUUGUCUUUAACUGCAGGCAAUUCAACAUGCUGGCAGAUGGCCACAGUUAUACUACUGCCAGUGUAUUGAUGGGUUGUUCAGUUCACCUGCCGGAUCUGAUACCUUAUAGUCAGUUUCAGAUGGGUUCGGAAAUGAACUCGAUUAUCAUUUGUAAGAAAGUGAGUGUGAAUUUGUACAGCUUAUAUAUGUCAUCAUGUGUUAGAGUGUGUUGUGUCACUUCUGUUGGAAUUUGCUUUUUCUUUUUGUGUUGAUAGUGUGCAUUUCUGUAGCCUUAGAUAGUAAUCUCAGUACCUCCCCAUCCCCAAACUACUCAGAGUUGGUCUCGUUCAGUUCGAUUAAAUAUAGGUAGUCGGACAACAUAGUCUGUUGCAUAUGUGAAUGUAAUGGUCACUUUGAUGAGAGUUGGUUUGUUGCUGAGAUUGAGCCUUGUUAAUGUUAUUACUGUAAUUAAUAUAAGUCAAGAAAUGUAAUCAUAUGUUUUAUGCUCUGUAUGGUAGAAUUGUCUUAUGUUGAUAUCGUAUUAGUUAUCUCUAGUCUAGGGAAAUGUAGUGUCUUUGAAUCAUCUGUGUGCUAUUAGGCAAUCACUGCUGCUUGUUACGUUGCAUACUUCACUGUUUUAUGUUUAAAACUGAGCAUUGUAUUAUAAAGUGAAAACCCAAGUUGACUAUUACUUCAUGUUACUGAAA